AUGGAGGCGGCGCGGAGCUGUAACGGGUACGCGCGGGAGGAGAAGAAACCGCCGCCGCCCUCCUCAGCGGGCGCGGAGAAGCCGCGCGUCCCCCCCGGCUGCGGCGGCGGCCUGGACGGCUGGCGGGGCGAGCGGCCCCGCAGCGAGGAGGACAACGAGCUGAGCCUGCCCAGCCUGGCGGCCGCCUACACCACCAUCCUGCGCUCGCUGGGCGAGGACCCCGAGCGGCAGGGGCUGCUCAAGACGCCCUGGCGGGCGGCCACCGCCAUGCAGUUCUUCACCAAGGGCUACCAGGAGACCAUCUCGGAUGUUCUGAAUGACGCCAUCUUUGAUGAAGAUCAUGAUGAGAUGGUAAUUGUGAAGGACAUAGACAUGUUCUCGUUGUGUGAGCAUCACCUCGUUCCAUUUGUUGGAAAGGUACAUAUUGGCUAUCUUCCUAACAAACAAGUACUCGGGCUCAGCAAGCUUGCUAGGAUUGUGGAAAUAUACAGUAGAAGAUUACAAGUCCAGGAACGCCUUACCAAACAAAUUGCAAUAGCCAUCACAGAAGCCUUACAGCCUGCUGGAGUUGGAGUGGUUAUUGAAGCAACGCACAUGUGUAUGGUAAUGCGUGGGGUACAGAAAAUGAACAGUAAAACAGUAACCAGCACAAUGUUGGGUGUAUUCCGGGAAGAUCCAAAGACCCGUGAAGAAUUCCUGACUCUCAUCAGGAGCUGAAACUGUGCCAUUCUGUAAAUGCACUCUGGAGGUUGUUCUGUCCAGUGUCACUGUCUGUUCUUAUCUGUUUCUACAUCUCAUUUUUAAACUAAAUUGUCGUGAAUUGUUGUCAUAGUCUUUGUGCAGUGAAAGACUCUUGAUGGCAAAUGAAAAAUUUAAUGAUGAGGUAGGCUUGUCCUGGAUUUCUCAUGUUGCUGGUGUCAGAAUUACACAGCUUUGAGUGGGGUUUUGAAAAUGCUUUUUCAUCUGGAACAUGAAAUAUACUGCCAUUAGGAGAAAAAUAGGGUUUGAGAAUGAAAUUGAUAUUUAUGAUAUAGUUCUGUGUAGUAGAAUAAAUAUAGUGCAGCAUAGGAAACAAUUGAAAGGCUGUGGCUCCUUGUAGGACUGCUUAUGUGCUGCAAAUACUGUACCACUGCCUGAAAAGGAUGGUCCUGAAUUAUCUCUGACUACAUUUUAUUACAAAUCCUUUGGUGGCUGUUUCAAUAUCUAGAUAUGUAUGUUAUACCUCUUUGAGAUGUUACCUCUGGCAGUGUUUUAUAUUCUUGCUAGUGUGUUUUGAAGUUUGAGAAUGAAAAAUGCGUUUCUCCUAGCCUUUUAACAUGCAGGGAAUUAAUUGCUAAAUGAUUCGGGGCACAGCCUUAUCUCAGUGCAAAGGGUUUUAUGUAGCUUCUUCUCUGUGCCUCAAAAUUUCUGACCGUUUUAGCUAUCAAUUUCUGACUAUUUUUUAAGUAAACUUUAACAGGAAAAAAAAGACCCAGAGUCUGUGUCUGGAAAAAGCUAAGAUAUCCAAAGAUGUUUUUAAUGAUUUUUAUAUGUUGGGUUUACCUUCCCAGAUUUCCAUGGAUUUAGUAGACUGAGUACCUAAAACUAGUCUGGUAUUCUGAAAACAACAAUUUCUCUUCAAACACUUCGAGAUUUGCUUCUGUUAAAUGUUGGACCAUAGGUAGGCACUGAAGUCUUGAGUAGAGUACGUUGUACCUCUCCUGCCUGUUGUCAAGUCAAUUCCAGGCUGCUUCAUCCUGAAAUUACAACUUAUUUCAUAAGAGCAAUUGAGAAAAGUAUUUCCAAUGCCAUCAAAAUGAAUUAAACCACAUUUUUUGCGUGUAUGUGGCAACCUCUGUGUGUGGCUGUGUUGGUACCAAAUGUUUCAGUCCACUGGACUUGGCUGAACUUCUUACAAGUUACUGCAAUUUUAAUGAGUGUUUUGUAACUCUUAAUUGGGAAAAUAUGAUGCACAAAUGAAAACCACCCUUCUCAAACUAAAUACAGGAGGCAAAACUUAAAAUAAAAUGUCAACCAGCAUGUCAGAUGGCUACACUGCACAUUCCUGUAGUCAUAUCUGCAUUGCUGAAUGUGAACCCAGGAUGAUCUGUAUUCUAACCUAAAAGGCAGUUCCUAGUUAGCAAGUUGGAUCUUACUAAUUCUUACACAUUCAGGAUCCUCUUUUCAGCCUAUGCUGGAAACAAAGUAAAACUUAUGCCAGGCUGAAUUUCUGUAGAACCUAAAGAACUUGAAAGAGUAUAAAUAAGAAAGGCUUUAAAAAAAAAUCCCCAUCUUUAUUUAUUGCUGUAAUUAUCCACCCUUAUUUUUGCCAGUAACCUCAUGUAUUUCAUUAUACUAACUUUACCUUGAAGACCUUCACAGUAUUAUUAGGAAAAAAAAAUCCUUUAUAAUAUCCUAUAUCCUGGAUUCUGUAUUGCAAGAUGCUACAAAAGUAUUUCUCUGCUAGCACAAAGAAGCUAUUCCGGACCAGGCUGCAAUGUUGCACAUUUAUAGUACGCUAACUCUCUGGCUUUUGUUUUCCUUAAAUGAUUGAGAGCAGGUAUUGCCACUUUUGAGUUCAGUUAUGUGUUUCAACUAAAAAGCCUUAAAUCAUCCUUGUCUAAAGUUCAAAGUAAAACUUUUUCUCUUUUUAGCUCAACAGUUGGAAGGAGAGUUUGGGGACCAAAGAGGCACCAACUAAUGUUUGUUUCUGUCUGCUUGCGUUAGGUCUUUGAAACUUCAAAUAUUUGUAAAAUGCUGUCUUACUCCUGAGGUAAUGAAGAGGUUGCAUUUUAACCACUUAUCUUUAUUCAGGAUAAAGUUCAUAUUGCACCACCAGUUUUUAUUUCUGUGACCUGUAUUCCUUAAAACAUACCAUACCUCUCUAUACUUGUGGCCUUGGAUUUUGUUCACGUUUUUGUUGUUGUAAGAUUUGGUGCAUUUUGGGGGGAACUAUUAGUAUUGGUCAAAUACAUGAGCUUUAACUACAACCAGUGUGUAUAUAUGUAUAGUACAUAGAGCCUGCUGUUGUACCAUGUAGCGGUCCAUUGUCUCUAAAACAUUAAAGUGCAGUAUUAUCCUUUUGA